AUGAGAAUGAGAAUUGACCGAAGUCUAGAUAUGAGGAUGAUGAGAUGGGUGAAAGCGAUGCGAAUGAUGUCUUCGAUUCGACGUGCCACCACUUUCCUCACCAUUGAAGCCAUGCCCAUCCCCAUGAGCCGUAGAAGCAGUUGGAGAAGUGGGUUUCACAGGGUGCAAAGAAUCAACAACCAUGGGGACCUCAGAGGGAAUAUAAUCAAGAUCUCGGGAUCCACUACUUCAACGCCAUGAGUAGUUGCUUCUUCUAAUGCAGUGGCGGCAGCAUUCCAAACGUCAUCUGACGUUCCGGAAUUAUUCUUCGCACUUGUCUGAGCAUCGGCAAUAUGAGGAAUAGUUGUUGCUCCAUCAUCACAAUAUUCAGAUUCAUCUUGCGGAGGGACAGCAACAAAAGGCGCUUCUUCUUCCAUCGCCACUGAGAGUUGACGCAAUCGACGAAUAACAACGCCCUCCAACUCAUUCCAUUCCGCGGCUUCAGCAAGGUGCAGUGGGUCUUUAGGAGUAUUCGAAUCUUCAUCGGCAAGUUGAUUAUCCUCCUUUUCCACAGCGAAGAUAUUCUCGUCAGAGACGUCUCUUGCACUCAUCAUUCCCUCAUCAUCCAAGAAAUUCUGCGAAGAGCGGAGAGAUGGUGGGUGGGCAUUCGAGAAUGAAGAACGGCAGAGCUGAUGGCUCAUUGCAGGUGCAUCUGGUACUAGAUGAUCAAGAGAUGUGCUCGCAAUGGGACUCUCAUUCUCAGCCCUCGGAGGAGCAAAAGUUGGGACUGAAGGACUUCGCCUCUCACGAUGUUUAUGGUGUCUAUGUCGAUUUCUCUUCGUCUCGGGUACACCCAAUUCAAAACCAGGUUGCUGAUCGGCACCAAAGGAAGGAAUUGCGAAACGGGUACCUCGUCGCCUCUUUCCAUGCUUAGCCGUAGCCGGUCCGCUGACAGUAAUUGCAGGAAUUUGUUGGAGAUCGGUUCGAGAACCCAUAGGACUUGUCGUUGGACUGUCAGGCUGGAGGAGUUGGGAAAUAUCAAUAUCAUCUAGAAUUGUAGUAUAUUCACGAUUUGCGGCGAUGUGUGGGAUAGUAGGAAUGCCACGAUGGGAAUGUCGAAUACCGACACUGUUCGGGGUAGAUGGACUUAUGUGGAUUCUAAAAAAGGAAAAAAUUAAAUGGGAUUUCAAGUGCCUUCAGAGUAAGAUUAUAAAUUUGGAUAAGUAUUCAAAGUACCCAUCAAAUGGACGUGAAUAAGGAACUGACGAUGUUUGGGCAGAAAGACUUGGCGAUUGAGAGAGGGAUGAUCGGUGCCGAAUAAGUCCAUGUCUCUGGGAUGAACGCUGUUGUUGUUGUCUACCGAGUGAUUCAAGAUCAAUUGGUCUGAAUUUGGCCAAAUUUCGUUGCUCCAGGAUGCGUUCGGCUAGGAGACGAAGCCAAUCAUUAGCAGUGUGA